AUGGAUAGCAAGCGCAAGGCCGACGGUGGAAGCAGCGUCGACGCUGGCGACCGCUCCUCAAAGCGUCGCAAGGUUUCGGACUUUGAUCUCACGAAAGGCGAGACCAAGGAAUCAACUACCGCAUAUGGACUUGCAUUCCUCGAGCAGAUCCGUCGUACCUCCGAUAAAAGUGGCCGUUUAAUCGCAACCUACUUUGAGAAGCUACUUCCCCGACAAGGCAAUGCCGAUUACUACAAAAAGACCCGAAUGCCAAUCUCGCUUGAAAUAGCCGAAAGAAAACUUGAAAAGGGCGACUUCAAGAACAUGGCGGAGCUUGAAAGCUACUUCAAGCGCAUGAUUUCAAACGCCAAAGAGUUUUAUCCGCGAUCAUCAUCUGUCUUUGACGACGCAGAGCGCUUUCGUAAGGCUCUCAGCAACUACAUGACGAAGAACAAUCCGGCGUAUGCAAAGCGGGGCUACCAGGCUUUCCCAACACCGUUGCCCGAUGAGGAUGCCGAGGGUGACGACGCUGGUGAUGAUGAUCAAAAGGCUGAGGGCCAAGAUGGGGAUGCAGAGGAAGAGGAACAAGGAAAACAGGACCAGGUCAAAGAGCAGGAAGAAGAAGGAGAGGAAGAAGAGGAAGAAGAGGGCCCGCGCCGAAAGUCCAUCAUUAUCAAGAGAAAAGAAGAGCCUACUUCCUCUCGUUCGCGACCUCGACGAUCAUCUGCCUAUCAAGCCAGCCCCAAGCCUGCUACGCCGGCAAAAGCUGAUGGCCAUCAAUAUGAGGGUGUUCCUUACAAGGGACUCACCUUCCAAGAAGCUCAAGAGAAGAUUGUGGAAGAGAUGCUAAGGCAUCGCGAGCCCGAAUACGAGGAAGUCUACUUUGAGCCUUUUGUCAAUCUGCCUCCUCGGGCUUUAAAAGACUACUACAGAAUAGUCACUGACCCUUUGUCGCUGAAGAAGCUCCAAAAGAUUGUCAAGGGCAUUCAGGGCCGCGGUGAGCUGACAGGUGUUAGCGACUUCAAGUCUUGGGCCGCUUUUGCAGAAAAGUCCAAAUUGCUUUGGACAAACGCCUACUUUUACAAUGAAGAGGGCAGUGAGAUUUAUACUCUUGCACAGGAACUCGAGAAAUUCUUCAAUGCACAGCUCAAGAAAGCCAAGGCGGCGGUUGCAGAGCCCGUACAAUCGAAAAUAAAGCUCCGGGUCGGCGGCCACACGGCUAGUGACACCCCAACAAGCAAGAAAAUCACCAUCCAUGUAGGUGGCAGGGGCAAUGAAGAGUCGCCAGCUACAGACAUGGAAGUGCCCGAUACGAACGGUGAAGCUACCAAUGGUGCUGCAACUCCUGCGGCUCAGGGCGAGGACGGAACACCGUCCAAUGCUCCCACACCGGGUCAGCUUCCGCCAGGUGCUCCGCGACCACCGCAACUAUCGGAGACUCCUGUUCCUGCACCGCCUCCAGCGCCUCCGAAUCCCGCCCAGAAUAACGAAACUAGGCGGCCUCGCGGGCCUGGCAAAGGCAUCGAAGACGCGCUCCUCUCUCGACUAACCAUCCUGGCCCAUCCCAUGCUGCAGUUCGCCCAGCCAAUAAUGGGCUCCAUCUACCCCGACCCCAAGUACCUGCAGCAGUCGGGCGUCAUCAACGUGCCGCCGCACUGCACCCGGGUCUUUGUCAUCACCGCGCUGCCCGACUUCUUGCACGAGCGUCACUACAGUCUCUGGACGCUCAUCAACAGGCAGCCGGUGAAGCCGUACCCGCAAAUGGUGCCCGGUCAGCAGCCCCAGGAGCUCGCUUUCGAGGUCGGUCUGCAUCCCGGCGUCAAUGUCGUCGAGGCCCACCUGAUUGCUGCCAUUCCUGGUGAGCAGCGUGAAGCAGGCGCUCCCGAGGCCGAGUUGGAGAUUCUUACUGCAUACGUCAAUGUGAUGAAGAAUUAA